CAAGCCCAGAGCCCUAAACGUCCAAACCCUUCCCUCCGAAGGAGCGCCGGGCGACGAACCGGCGGCGAAACCACACGAAAUCUGUCAAAAAGAUCCCCAAAUCUGCAAUCGCGCUCACGCCGGCGCAGCCAUGGCGACUUCCUUCUCUUUCGGCUCCUCCGCCGCGUCGGGAUCCACCGGUUCCUCCCCCUUCUCCUUCUCCACCGGCACCGCCCCAUCCGCCUUCUCGUUCUCCCAGCCCGCCGCGGCCUCCUCCCCUGCCCCCUCCCCUGCCCCCGCCUUCGGCUCCUCCCUCUUCUCAUCCUCCGCCGUCGCUUCCCCUGCUCCUACUUUUGGUUCUUCCCUCUUCGGGUCUUCCCCCGCCUCCGCUGCCGCCCCUGCCACAUCCUCAUCCCCAUCUCCGUUUGGCUUCGGAUCCACCGGCUUCUCGUUCGGCCAAUCCCCCGCUGCCGCUUCAUCCGCCGCCGCCGCCGCCCCGUCCAUCUUCGGUGCAUCCUCCACCCCCGCCGCCUCGACCACUCCUAGCAUUUUUGGCGCUGCCUCAUCCUCCGCAUCCACCCUGGGCUUAUUCGGCGCCACCUCCUCCCCGGCGACAACCCCGGGCUUAUUCGGCGCCUCGUCCACCGCGACAACCUCGGGCUUAUUCGGUGGUACUUCCUCCGCGGCUACCACACCCAGUCCUUUCGGCGCCACAUCUGCCGCUGCUACCACAACCAGUCUGUUCGGGGCCGCCGCCUCUACUGCUUCCGCGGCAAACCUUUUCUCUGGCGCCGCCACGGGAUUUGGCGUUGGUUCAUCUGCGUCCGGCACCACCACUACCACGGCCGCUGCCUCGACACCGUCUUUCGGAUUCGGAUUGAACAUCGGGGCCGCCGCAUCGAGUACCACCAAUGCUUCGGCUUCCUCUCCGGCUAUAGGAUUUGGAGCCGGCACCGGCUCGGCACUGUUUGGAUCCACUACCUCUGCACCACUCUUCAGCACCAGCACCGCCCCAUCCCCAGCAACUACGGCCACGACCACUCCAUCCUUUGGGUUCUCCUCCUCGCCAGCGACCACCUCAUCUGCUCCUUCCUUCGGCUUUACACCGUCAUCGGCAAGCACCACGACCGCGAGCACAGCGACCUCCUUGUUCUCCUCUGCAUCCUCUUCUCCUGCAUUGUCUUUCACUAAGAGUACUUCUGCCGCUCCCACCGCGCCAGCGUCCGCUCCAUCUACUGGCUUCUCCUUGGCCACUUCGCAGGCAGCACCUGCUCCCUCAUUGUUCUCUAACACCAGUGCAGCAUCAAGCUCGUCUGCCAAUUCUCUCAGCUUUCCAUUUGGCUCUUCUGCUUCUGCACCGGCAUUUGCUUCUGUUUCUGCAACGAGCACACCCACCCCAUCAUCAACUACUGCUUCCCCUGCAACGUCAGGGUCAUUGUUCUCGGUGCCAGCACCUGCUUCUUCUAGUGGUGGUUUCAGUUUCGGAGUAGCACCAUCAUCGUCAUCAGCUGCGGCAACUACAGCUACUACCACAACAGUCGCAAGUGCAUCGACAUCUGCAACCAUGACAGCAACGGCUCCUUCAACGACGACAGCGGCAUUUCCCAGUUUUAGCCCGCAAAGAACUACCCCAGCUUCUGCCUCAACCCCAACACAGACACAAUCACUGUUAUCAUUUGGUGUUUCUACUACUGCUGCAAGUACUUCAGCCACUAGCACAAGCACUAGUCAGACAACUUCCUCAGCUGUUCAAGCUAGCAGCACUGGUCCUACAACUACUGCUAUCACUCCAGCAGUAUCACAGGCACCUAACCUACCAUCAGAAAUUGUUGGGAAAAAUGUUGAGCAGAUUAUUAGGGACUGGAAUAAUGAGCUUCAAGAUAGGACUGCAAAGUUCCGGAAGCAUGCCACUGCAAUAGCUGAAUGGGACAGGAGAAUUCUGCAGAACAGAAAUGUUCUUAUAAGGCUUGAGGCUGAGGUGGCUAAGGUUGUUGAAACGCAAACAAGCUUGGAGAGGCAACUUGAGUUAAUAGAAACUCAUCAGAAAGAGGUUGACAAGGCUCUGCAGAGCAUGGAGGAGGAAGCAGAGCGUGUAUUCCAGGAUGAACGGCUGUUGCUUCGUGAAGAUGAGGCUGCUUCUGCAAGAGAUACAAUGUUUGAGCAAUCUGAAACAGUGGAGAAUGAAUUGCAACAUAUGACAGAACAAGUGAAGUCCAUCAUUCAGACAUUGAAUGCUACCCAGGGUGCUGAGUUUGAGACCGCCGAUAAUAUGACACCAUUUGAUGUUGCUGUAAGAAUAUUGGACAAUCAACUGCGUUCUUUAAUGUGGAUUGAUGAGAAGGCUAACGAGUUCUCAACUAGAAUACAGAGGCUGCCUAACAAUAGUGCUGCAGCUGAACGUGACUCUGGAAUGCCAAGGUUUUGGUUAAGCUGAUCUAGUCCUGGAUAGACAUUUGAAUCUUGUUCUGAUCGAAGCCAGUAAACAUGCUAGUUUUGGUCAGGUGGUUAUGCUGUCCUGCUGCAAAAGUUUCACGUUUCUCUCAUUCAAGUACGUCUGUGUCAUGUAGUUCCAACUUCCAAUAUGGUGUACCAAAUAGAUGCUACACAUUGGGAUUUUAACGGCUGAUGUUAACUAUGCCUCGUAACAGUCGCAUAUAUUGGCUUUAGCAAUCAGUGAACCGUUGCAACCACUUUAGUCUUUGAUCGAGGAAACAAGAGGCUUUGUGAGAUACUGUUAAUUAUUGGUUCCAGAUGUGUUCAGAUCUUUUGAGUUGAAAAA